AUGGCCGCCUCGUCUCCAGUGAUCCUAUGGCUGCAGCGUCCUCUCUUCACCAUCAUCCUAGUUGCUCUCUCAGUGACAGUGCUGCCGGUGGCGCUGGCAGUCGCAGCAGCUAGAGGCGAGCAGGAGAGCGACCGGGUGGCGUUCCUCCCCGGGCAGCCGAGGAGCCCUCCGGUGUCGCAGUUCGCCGGGUACGUCACCGUGAACGAGCACAACGGGAGGGCGCUCUUCUACUGA